CAGCUGGCGAUGUAUCGGGAUGCAUCGGGUAUCGAGUUGGCAUGAAAAAUCUGGUCUUCGUGUCGUGUUGUUCAUUCCUUAAUUGCGCGUUGCUUUAAUUUGUGGGAGCGAAAUCGAAGCUCGGCGACAUCGCCAGUUGUGCAAUACUCGAUUCCAGCGGUAUCUGUAAACCCCCAACCACUUGGAAAACACUCUUUUUCGGCCGCAUACUUGCAGAUACUUCGCUUUGUCGUUGUCGAGAUUCUAUUAAAUUCUUAACGACCACAAUGAAUCGGCAGGCGAAAUUCCUAGUCUUGUGCCUGUUUGUGGGGCUCUUCUCGGCUAAUUUGUGCGACGAAGCGGCAGUGGCUGCGCCCAAAGAAGACACCAACACCACCACCAGCACCGCGCCGCCGGAGACCACCACCACACCUGUGACCACUCCGCCGACCACCACAACCGAGAAGACAACGACGACGACACCGGCAACCACGACUAAGCAGACCACAACUUCUUCCACUGAGAAGCCCACAACUACUACGCCGGCCAGCACCACCACCACUCCGGCCAGCACCACCACCACUCCAGCCAGCACCACCACCACUCCGGCAAGCACUACCACCAGUACCACGACCACUCCGUCUCCAAACUCCACCACAACCACUCCUCCGCCUCAUACGUCGACCACGCCGGCGCCGAAGCCAGUGCCAUGCGGCCACUUCGACGGAUCCUCGUUCAUCGGCGGCAUCGUGCUGACCCUGGGCCUGCUGGCCAUCGGACUGGUGGCCUAUAAGUUCUACAAGGCCCGCAACGAGCGCAACUACCACACCCUUUGAGCCGCCACAGCCUUUACGUCGGCCUUCAAUGCGGCAGCCGGAGCGACGGCGGCCAGCAGCAGUGCAUCCGCAUCCACGGAUGCGGAACGCGUGCGGUUCGUCCAGCCUUCGAUACCGCUGAGGUCGCCGCCGACGCAGCCGCCACCACCGCCGCCCAACCAAGCGGGCGGCAGUGGGGGCGGGGCGGCGGCAGCUCCACAAAACUGCUCGCCAUCGGCCCGGGAUCGGCUGCUGCACACGUAAUUUAAACACGCGGGGAACACAACACAAUAUUACCCAAUAUAACUGCUAUCCAAAGAGAUACCCGGCUCCC